GAUCUCGCAAGUCCCAUGGUGGGUUUUACUGAUCGGUGUCAUGGUGAUUAGUGCUGUGGCAGAAGGAGCCUAUGAAGAUCAGACUAAGGUUUACAUCGUUUAUCUCGGCGCUAUAGCGCACAAUCAUGCGAACCUUGUAACAGCAUCACAUGUUGCUAUGCUAGCAUCACUAUUUGGAAGCGAGAAAGACGCAAGGGAGUCCAUGGUUUACAGUUAUCGACAUGGCUUCUCAGGAUUUGCUGCGCAUAUGACUGAUCGGGAAGCGAAAAAACUUUCAGAGCAUCCCGAAGUAGUUCAAGUGAUGCCGAAUCGCUAUUACGAGAUGAAAACAACACGAACCUUUAACUACUUGGGGCUUUAUGAAAGUACUGGAAAAGAGCUUCUCCUUGAUGCCAAUAUGGGUGAGGACGUCAUCAUAGGCGUCAUUGAUUCCGGUGUGUGGCCCGAAUCGGUGUCCUUCAACGACAAAGGGUUAGGACCGAUCCCGUCACGUUGGAAAGGAAAGUGCGUGGACGGCGAAGAAUUUGUGGCCACAAAACACUGCAACAAGAAACUAAUUGGGGCUCGUUACUACAUACCGAGCCACAUGAAGAAGAACAAAACAGGCAUGACAUCCGACGAAAACGAUUACAUGUCUGCAAGAGAUAGCGAUGUGCACGGUACUCACGUAGCCUCCAUAGCGGGAGGUGCCUUCGUCCCAAAUGUGAGCAACACAGUUUUCGGAGUGGGGACGGCAAGAGGUGGGGCGCCAAGUGCCCGCAUUGCAGUUUACAAAGUCUGCUGGAAAAUUUUCGGCAAUGACGAAUGCGCCUCUAUGGACAUACUAAAAGCAAUGGAUGAUGCGAUAGAGGAUGGGGUGGAUGUGAUGUCGCUCUCACUAGGCACUUCCAUCCCUUUACUCACAGAAACUUACAAGGAUAAUAUGCUCUCAUAUGGAGCCUUCCAUGCCAUCUCAAAUGGUAUCCCAGUGCUAUUUGCAGGCGGAAAUGAUGGCCCUAGAGCUUACACAGUGGAUAACAUAGCGCCGUGGGUAAUCACAGUAGCUGCCACCUCUCUCGACCGCUGGUUUCCCACCCCACUCAAAUUAGGCAAUAAUGUUACCAUAUUGGCACGAGCCCCGUACAAGGGAUUGGAAAUCCAAGCGGAUUUUAUGUACGUAGAAAGCCCCAACAAGAUCACAGGUGCGGCAAAAGGAAAAGUGGUGCUCGCUUUCUUGAAAAAAAGUGCAGACGUCUAUGAUUAUAAUUUGGGAAUUAGGAAAUUCGGAUUAAAGGCUUUAAUCAUUGCCUCCGAAAGAGAUGAUAAUGUGGAAGUUGUCGAUAUUCCCAUAAUACUCAAUAUAGACUAUGAACAAGGCGCCACCAUGCUGAAUUACAUAAGUUCCACCAGCUCGCCUACCAUAAAGAUAAGCUCUGCAAUCACACUCAGUGGUCCACUUGUUGCCACUAAAGUUGCUGUGUUCUCAAGUAGAGGACCCAAUUCAGUAUCUCCAUACGUUCUCAAGCCUGAUGUAGCAGCUCCCGGUGUGGCAAUAUUGGGUGCCAGCACUCCAUUUAUGGUGAGUUCAGAGAAUGGGUUCAUUGCUCUGUCCGGGACGUCAAUGUCUACGCCUGUGGUCGCCGGUGUCGUUGCACUCCUCAGAGCUAUUCAUCGUGACUGGUCUCCUGCAGCAAUUCAUUCCGCUCUCGUCACUACAGCUUCCACAACUGAUCCUUACGGAGAACCGAUCUUCGCCGACGGAUUUUCUGAGAAACUAGCCGAUCCGUUUGACUUUGGAGGAGGAUUGGUGAACCCGACCAAAGCAGCUGACCCCGGUCUCGUCUACAAUGCAUCCGCAGAAGACUACAUGCGGUUUCUGUGUGCUUCUGGAUAUGACGAGAGGUCCAUCGGAAAAAUGGCAAACAAAAGUGAUAUGUAUCAUUGUCCUAGUCCUAGGCCAUCGAUGCUGGAGCUUAACCUGCCGUCAAUAACCAUUCCUUUCCUCGAUAGAGAUGUGACGGUCACUAGAACCGUCACCAACGUUGGACCCAUCGUCUCGAAAUAUAUGGUCAUCGUUAAACCUCCUUUGGGUGUCGAGAUCACCGUAACCCCCAACAUUCUGUUAUUCAACCCCUUGGUCCAGAAGCUGAGCUUUGAAGUGACAGUCUCCACAACUCACAAGAGCAACUCCAUCUACUACUUUGGAAGUAUAACUUGGACGGAUGGCUCCCACUUUGUCAGUAUACCCUUAUCCGUGAGGACAGAAAGACUCAUGUAUUUCAACCAUUAAGU